AUGGGAAAAUUUGAUCUAGUAAUGCAAGAGCACUUGAGGCGAAUUGAAAAGGCUGAGAUUCAUAACCAUUAUCUCAAUCACAAAAUCCAAAACGAGUUGAUACAGAUGUUAGCGGCGGAAGUGAAGAGUAAAAUUGUUGCAACAAUCAAAGAUGCUAAAUAUUAUUCAGUUAUACUUGAUUGUACCCCGGAUGUGGAUGACACGACGGGAUUGGGGCUAUUUUGUGCACUUCAAGAAGUAUUAGUUAGCCUUCAACUUGAUAUUGGUGAUUUAAGGGGACAAGGUUAUGAUAAUGGCUCUAACAUGAAAGGGAAAAAUAAGGGUGUGCAAACAAGAGUACUUGAAGUAAAUCCAAGAGCAUUCUAUACCCCAUGUGGUUGCCAUAGUCUCAAUCUUGUUCUUUGUGUUAUGGCCAACUCUCGUUCUAAAGCAAAAACAUUUUUCGAAGUGGUACAACGUCUAUAUGUGUUGUUUUCCUCUUCAGUCCAACGCAUCAAGCCGAUAAGAUACAAUCCCUCAAAACUAAGAGAUGCUUUGGUAGACUUGGCGAACGACACGACGACAGAGUCGAUAGCACAAAGUGAAGCAAAAUCCCUUGCAAAGAACGAACUUGAGAAUUUUGAGUUCUUGUUUGCCAUGGCUAUUUGGUACAAGUUGUUGUUUGAUGUUAACAUUGUGAGCAGGUUUCUUCAAAGUGAAGACAUGUGCAUAUACCUUGCUAUCGAGAAGUUAAAAUGCCUGAUUGAUUAUUUUGAGAACUACAGAAAAGUUGAUUUUGAGGAGGCAAUGGUUGAUGCUACGGAAAUGGCGAAUGAAAUGGGGAUUGAACCUAAGUUUGUUGAAAAGCGCAUCAUUCAAAGAAAGAAGCAAUUUGAUGAAGAUGUUGCGGACGAGGUGACACACUCUGCUGAAGAAUCAAUGAAAGUGAAUUACUUCUUGGUAAUUGUGGAUAAAGCUCUUUCUUCCUUCAAAGAUAAGUUCCAACAAUUUGAAGUGUAUGACAAGAAUUUUGGUUUCUUGUUUGAUUUGGAAAAGGCGAGUUCGAGUGAUGAAUGCUUGAAAAAUCAUUGUACCAACCUUGAAGAAGUUUUAAAGCAUGGCGGGGUUUCCGAUAUUGAUGGGAGAGAUUUGUUUGUAGAGUUGAAAUGCUUGAAACAAGUAUUGCCAAGGGGAGUGCAGAAACCAAUUGAAGUGCUCAAUUUUAUCAAACUUAUGGCCGACUCUUUCCCAAAUACAUGGAAUGCGUAUAGAGUGCUUUUGACUAUACCGAUAUACGAUGAUGAAGGUGUCGACGACGGUGGUAGCGGUGAUGGAGGGCGGGAACUCGGCCAUGGUGGUAACAACCAUGGAUGGCGACGAAGGGCGGAGAGGAGGAGGAGGAGGAGUGCACCGUGGCGAGCAGGCGAGGAGUGA